GGCUUUCUAGAGGAGGCGUUGGCCGGCCCUAAGCCUCCCAUGAGGGAGGCUGCAAGUCGAAGGCCUCUCCCUGCAAUCUCCAGUUAACCCUGUCUUGCGCUAGCUGAUUCCAAUUUCUACCUGCAAGUUUCCCAAUUUCAUCACCCCACCAAGGAAAUAGGAGGCGCUAUUCCUAGUGGGCAUGCGCCACAAUACUUGAAGGUCAUCAUCAUCAUCAAGAGGGACACGCGCGCACGUGUCGGUAUAUCGGUGCGCGACCGCGGGACAAGGGCGCGGGCAGAGGACGACGUGUGCGUGUCGGGGAUGCCGGGCCCUCUGGACAACGUGCGGCUGGCGGUGAAGUGCUGCAACAGCCUGGGCCUGGACGUCUACUGCCGGUACACGAACGCCAAGCCGCUGGAGAACAUGUUCUUCUCGCCGUUCGCUCUGGCCGCGGGGCUGUCCAUGACGCUGGCCGGAGCGCGCGACGCCACCGCCGAGGAGAUCAUGCGCCUCAUGCACAUCGACCGAGGACUGUUCGAGACUCAGCGCGAGAUGGUCGACCUCAUCCGACAGCUGAGAAACGAGACCGGAGAGGUGGAACUGCGGCUGGCGACGGGCGCGUUCGUGCGUCUCGGCUACCGGCCGACGGACGAGUACUGGGCAACGGUGCGCCGGGUGUACGGCGGCACCGUGCACGAGGUGGACUUCGUCGAGGACUCGGAGAUGGUGCGCCGACAGAUCAACAGCUGGGUUCGCGAACACACCGACCACCAGGUUAAGGAGAUCCUGACCCCCGGCUCGGUGACGUCAGCGACGCGUCUGUGCAUCGUGAACGGGGUGCAGUUCCGCGCCGUGUGGACGGACCCGUUCUACGAGACCGAGCUGAGGCGGCACGAGUUCCACGCGACCAACGACGACGAGGAAGGCAGCGAGGUCGAGGUCGAGAUGGUGGCGCGCAUCGACGAGUACGGCUACAUCGUCGACCGGGACCUGUGUUUCACCGCCGUGGAGGUCAUACAGAAGGGCGACAAGACCUCGCUGGUGAUCGUGAUGCCGCACCAGCGCCACGACUUCCACGUGCUCGAGGAGCGCCAGAACCUGGACAAGCUGCUGGACCUGCCGAACCGCAUGACGCGCACGCCGGACGUGGAGUUAUGCCUGCCCAGGCUCAAGCUGGACAUGGGCAUGCGCCUCGAGUCCAUACUGUACUACAUGGGGCUGGCCGACCUCUUCAGCGAGCGCGCCAACCUGUCCGGGAUGUUCGGCGAAGGGGUGAACAUGCACGCCACGGAGUGGGUCCACCACGCGGUCGCCGACAUGGUCAACGACCCGACAAAGCCGCGCCGCUACUCCUUCUGCUCCACGGGAGACUCCACGCCGCCUGACGUCACCAGCCGCUCGAACGACGAAGAGUUCAGCCCGCCGCCAGGUUCGGCGCUGGCGCGACGCCGCAGCAGCACGGCGAGCCGCGGCAGCGUCGACGAGUCGACGCUGGCCGCGUCGGUUGCGACCGAGGGGGCCGAGGCGGCCACAGCCCGGCGGGGCAGCGGCAGCGCCACGCCGCCCAGCGCCGCCGCGCAGCCCAAGACCAGCUGCCUGAAGAAGGAAGGAAAGAAGGCCCGAAUGCGCGUGCGCAGAUCGAGCACCGUCCGCACCACCAUCCCGUUCGUGGUGAACAGGCCGUUCAUCUUCUACGUGCUGCACCGGGAACUGUCCCUGCUGCUCUUCAUGGGCGUCGUCAAGAGGAUCGCGUGA